AUGCACGCCUCUACCUCCGUCCUCGCCCUCGGCGCCAUGGCCGCCACCGUUGCCGCCCACGGCCACGUUUCGACCAUCACGGUCAACGGCAAGGCCUUCCAGGGCUACGACCCCAGCUUCGCUUACCAGAGCCCGGUCCCCGAGGUUCCUGGCUGGACGGCCUCCAACCUUGACAACGGCUUUGUCGACCCCAGCUCGUACAGCUCGGACGACAUCAUCUGCCACAAGGAGUCCUCUCCCGGCAAGGCCUACGUCGAGGCCGCGGCGGGCGACAAGCUCGAGAUCCAGUGGAGCACCUGGCCCGACUCGCACCACGGCCCCAUCAUCAACUACAUCGCUGCUUGCGACGGCGAGUGCACCACGGUCGACAAGACGUCGCUCUCGUGGGUCAAGUUCCAGGCCGACGGCCUCGCCUCGGGCAGCAACCCCGGCACCUGGGCCACGGACGACCUGAUCUCCAACAACUUCACCGCCACGGCGACGCUGCCGGCGGGCCUCAAGGCCGGCAACUACGUCGUCCGCCACGAGAUCAUCGCCCUCCACAGCGCCAGCCAGGACAACGGCGCGCAGAACUACCCCCAGUGCUUCAACGUCAAGGUCACGGGCUCGGGCAGCACCGCCGUCUCGGGCGGCACCGCGGCCACGACCUUCUACAAGUCGGAUGACGCUGGCAUCAAGUUCAACCUCUACGCGGCCUUCAGCGACUACCCCAUGCCCGGCCCCGAGCUCUGGAGCGCCGCUGCCGCCAAGGUCCGCCGUCACGUCCGUGACUUCUUCUCCGCUUAA